CUCAAAUCAUUUGUUAAAAGUUACGAUACGUCACGCCACUUUAACUAUAAUUCUCAUACCUCCUCAACUGAGACUAAUCUCGCUCAAAGUGUCGGAGAUAAAAGUCGAAUGUCGCAAACUGGCGAAUCGUCGUGUGAUGAUGGAAGAUCGGCAACAUUCCGAGCAUUCCUUUGUUUAUGCGUUCAUGUUCACAAUAUUUCAAUAAUGUUAAGUACCUAUUAGUGCUGCCCCCCUUUUGGAAGAAGACUUGUAAUUGUAGUGUGUAUCUAUCGGGGCCGGAAAGUGUAUGAAUGGCUUUCAUGAGGAUUUGUCUGUGUUGUGCUGUGCGUGAAAGACUGGCAGGCUAUUAGCUAAUGUCAGAGGCAACGGGAAGACAGGUUGAGGUUGUGAACGCGUUACAGUGGAACAAAUUACCUGUCUAAUUAUCAGACGCCGCACCAGUGAGUGAAGCAUUCGGUGAAGCGGUCAGAGAAGAAACCAAAGCAAUCCAGUGGCAAGCGAAAAAGGAAAUAGUGAAUGAGGGCACCACAGAGGCUAGGCCGACCCUGCAAAAUAAACAAUUGCCCUAUGACUCACUAUGGUUAGUGUUGUCAUCGUCCUCAGCCCUAUACAAAAGGAAGAUUCGCACUGAUAAUACUUGAAGCUUCUACCGGCCAAAAUGGAGUCCUUUGUUCAUCAGAUGAGUGGUCUGCAACUGAAGGAUGAUGGUGGAACUGUUUGUCCAACGUCAAAUCUUCAUCUGCCAGAAUCUGGGUAUGGGUGCAUUAUUCAACGCACUGUUGACCAGCAAGGCCGAUCUCUGUCCAGCAGUUCUGUACCAACUUCUGAUUCUGGAAUUGGAUUAGUAAAUCAUCUUACGUCUUCUCGGUCACUUCCCGCUGGGACACCGGUUAGUUCUCUGUCUGGUGAAGCUUAUCGCAAGCAUGAUGCACGUAAGCAUGUUGGAGCCAUUGAAAGCUUUGCAAUAGAAAAUUGCUCUCAUGCUCCUCAACCCCAGACUGAUUACAAAUUAUAUGAACGUGGAAAUAUAAUUGCCGCUUCAAAAUAUGCCAAACCCACCCCAAAAAUGAUGGAAUCAGCACCAUUAUCCAAUAAAAUGACUGAUAAGCUUCCCUUAGGUCAACCACCUUACAGACCUGGAAGUUUGUCUGACUCAAGCAAAUAUUAUGUGGGCACAGGAGGUAGUCCUACGCACAGCAUUAGCUUGAGUGUUUCAAGUAAAGAUUCUGUCCAGUCGAAUAGUCCAAGAGCUAGCAUAGCUGGUGGAGUUUACGAGAGUGUUAGUGGAAAAGGAAGUAUGAGCAUUGCUUGCCCUGUGUAUGAAAAUCUGGAUCUCUACACCAACAAAUCUUCUUCCUCGCACUACUAUCAGCAUCAGACAAGUGACAGCAACAGCGGAGGCUUGCCAACUUAUGAGUCAGGUUACCAUAAAGCACAGCCACAAGUUCCUGCUGGGGUCAAGUACAACCCACCGAACAAGUACCCUCCUUAUGAAGCCCCACCUGUUUACGAAAACAUCCAAAACUUCCAUCAUCAUCCUCAAGGUUCAACGGCUCAAUCGACCAAUUAUUCUCCCAGCAGAGCUGCACCUCAAGUUGCUUCACCACCACAUUUUGAAGGAAGACAGGUAGCAUUGCCCCUUGUAUCUCCAAGUGCACAAUCGCACCAUUCUGGGUACUAUCCCUCUUCAGUUUCGUCUAAGACUGUAUCCUCACAACCUCCAAUAAACUAUGCUAACAAUAACAGCAAUUCUGGAGUUUUACCACCUCCACCUCCAUACAACAAUGGAGCGGCUCAAUCUUAUUUGAAUUCGUCAAUGUCAAAUGGAUAUGGAUCUCCUCGGCAUCAGAAUCACAUGUAUUCACCAGUUUCAUCUCGUUUGGUACCUGGUUCUGUUGGUGCUACUGGAACAGUUUCCACCCUGAGUGGUAGUGGUGAUUAUGUUGUCAUGUCGGGUGUAGCUAAUGCAAUUAGUUAUCAAAGAGCUGCAACGUCUGGAGUGGCCAGUGUCCCCAGUCUGAAUGAUCCUCCACAAAGAGGUGAAGGUAGCAGUAGCACUGGCAGCAGUCCAUGCCCCAGCCCACUUGCACUCCAAUCACAGCCACCUCCCCUGCCGUCACAGCCACCACCACCCCACCAUAACUUGCCUCCAUCACAUGCACAAUCGCUAAGUAAAGUGAAACCGAUUGCAGGUUGUGGAAAAAAUCUCCUCCCAUACAAUGUGACUCCACCCCGACCCAUGGGCCCCACAGAAGCUGAGCGUAAAAUUGAAGAAUUGACAAGGCAACUGGAGGAAGAAAUGGAGAAGCAGGAAGAAGAAGGGGAGUACUUUGGCAUAUGCCACACUUGUGGAGAGAAAGUGACUGGUGCAGGACAAGCAUGUCAAGCCAUGGGAAACUUAUACCAUACCAACUGCUUCAUUUGUUGCUCUUGUGGUCGAGCACUCCGUGGAAAAGCAUUUUACAAUGUUCAUGGACGUGUAUAUUGUGAGGAGGACUAUAUGUACUCUGGAUUCCAACAAACAGCUGAGAAAUGUGCAAUUUGUGGUCAUCUUAUCAUGGAAAUGAUCCUGCAAGCCAUGGGUAAAUCCUACCACCCAGGAUGCUUUCGUUGUUGCAUUUGCAAUGAAUGUUUGGAUGGAGUUCCCUUUACAGUUGAUGUCGACAACAAAAUAUACUGUGUCAAUGACUAUCACAGAAUGUUUGCACCAAAGUGUGCGUCAUGUGGCAAAGGAAUAACUCCUGUAGAGGGCACUGAAGAGACUGUUCGUGUGGUAUCCAUGGAUAAGGACUUCCAUGUUGAUUGUUACAUUUGUGAGGAUUGUGGUCUCCAGUUAACUGAUGAACCAGAUCAGCGGUGCUAUCCGCUUGACGGGCGUUUAAUGUGUCGGUCUUGUCACAUUCAGCGUCUUAAUCACCUUCCUCGCCAGUUCCAAGUGACUGGUGCGCCUGCCAGUUAUCAAUACCUAGGUUGAAGAAAAGUACUUGAAGUGGAGAAAACAAUGCCUGGUGCCUAGCAAAAGCUUUACCUAUGUUUAAUCUAUAGUGCAAUUGGAUAGGAUUGCGGCCAUUCAAUUCAAAUGCAUUCUUUAAACCAGUUGUGAUAAUUUUACUUUGAUUUUAACAGAUACUUUUUCAUAUGCUUUUACUACUUUCCUUUUUUUUCUCCUCUUUUAUUCUUGGGACCUGAGUUGUUUGUUUUGCUAUGCAAUAGCAGAGCAACCACCAUUUUAAACAUUGUGAUGGGCUAGUAGACGUCCUUUUAAUUAGGUAUGGAUUCCCUACUUGUUUCUUUCAUGUUUUAAAAAAAAAUAUGUGUCUUUGAGCUUGAGCUGUUAUUUACUUCUUACUUUGCAUGUUAUGCCCUGUUAAGUUAUAAGUUAACUUCACAUGGCUUCUGUCUUAAAUUAUGUUAUGUUAUACUGAGGGAGUUAGAUGUCUAUUAUUUAUGAAUAAUAUUCAUGAAAUGGGCUGUUUCUGCAUUUGUAUUCUUUUAAAGCAGGAAAGUUCUUUACUUUAGGUAGGUAAUACCUACUGAUAGCACAAUUUUAAGAGUCAUUCUUAUAUGUAGAAAAAAUACUUUGGUGCUUAAAUAUAGUGCCAACUUGUUUUAACCCCCUGUUAUUGUUUUUUUUUUUUUUUAACCUUUACCUCAUUGACUUGCGCCUAAGAUUAUUCUCAUUGUGAUUUAUAACUCAGGUUAAAUCUCUUGUAAUAACUAGCUAGCUUCAUGGCAUAUCUAACCUGAUGGAUCUUUAAUAAAUUUGAAACAUUCAAUGCACUGUUUAACUUUUGUUCAAAAAGUUACUGUAACUCUCUAUUGACUUUUCUAUCAGGUCUGUGAUCUGUACACCCUUUUUUGUUUUAUUAUUAUAAGUGAAAAAACAUGGUCAAUCGUUUUUCUGGAUGAACUUAGUAAAUUAUGGAACAGCCUCUAGAGCCUGAGGUGAUUAUACUGGGAUUUUUGUGGUUGCUUCACCUUUCUGGUAUAAAAUAUCUGUAUUGCUGUCUGUCUAUAAUAUUUGUAUGUUAGGUAAGUUAAAUUAUUUACUUCUAUUUGAUACUUCUUUAUCUCAAUGUUCCUUGUAAAUUUUAAAAAAAUUUCCUUCUGACAUGGAAAAAAAAAGAAUUUCAGGAUCAGUUGCUUUACUGCACAGUUUUAAGUGGCUUGUUGCAUAUUAUGCGGUUGCUCAUGAUGUGCUCAAUUGGUGAAUGUUCGAAUGUAUGUUUGUUCUCGUCAUUUACCUUCUGCAGGAAAUGUAAUUUAAGCGUUUAUUGUGGCAUUUUGAAGUCAUAAAGCUACUAUUCCUGUAUGUGAAUGAAUUUAUAAUAAUUGACUGUCUGCUUCUUUCUUGAUGAGUAUGUCUGAUUUGUGCUCACCAUGACGAGAGGUGUUCUUAUAAUUGGCUGCUAAUAAGGUGUCCAGCAGAAUCCUGUAACCGUGGUAAAAAUGAACUAAUGAAAUCCUUAAAAAGCAUCUGCGCAUACCUAGAAGUGGUCUGAAUGAAAAGCCAGGUGGAGGGGUAAUGCAAUGACUGUUUUAGGACUUGUUUUGUUCUUUUUUACUUCAACUUCAGGAUUCAGUGGAAUAUCUUAUCUUGUUCCUGCAUGUAGCUGGUUCUGCAUUUAUGUUUUAACAACGAAGAUGUAUGAAUGUGGAAUCUACAAUGACGUUCAAGAAAAUUCAUUCAACGCCAUUAAGCUGGCCAUGUAUGUUAACAUCAAUUUUCAGAUUUGUUUACCAAUUACGAUUAACUUAGUAUUCCCCUCCAUCUAGGGUUCACACAUUACAAGCAUUUAGGCUCUUUAUGAUGCUUGACCAUGCUCGAUAGCUAUAUGUACUCUGUAACUUUCAUUUGUUGAAGACUAUCCAAACCCUCCCAAUAGUGUUUCUGAUGAUUAACAAUUGCAGUUAUCCCCUCAAAUAAUGAUAACUUUUUUUUUUCUUAAUAUCUGGAUAUGCUGUUUUGUAUCAGUGAAAAGAUCACCUUUGUUCCUAUCAUUCUGUGAAUACUUUUCAGCCUAUCAUUUGUGGAAGACUGAUCUCAAUCCAAGCAAGCAAGAUAACACACCCAAUGGCUUUCUUGUUUAGGGAAGCUGCAUAAUGUAUCUUUACAUUCCUUUUAUAUGUGCAUUUGUAAUUUUAUACUAUUUAUACAUACAAUUUACAGUCACUCCAUUGUUAUAUAUUACUUUGUGAUAAGGUUGCUUUCUGAACCACAAGUCAAACUACUUGUCCAUUCAGAUGUAUUUAUCUAUGUGGUGCAGGAAGCAGGAUUAUCCUAACAGCUUUAAGUAGGAUUCUGUUCACAAUCUUAGUGAAUUCAAUGUCUGUACCCGGUAUUAUGUGUCAUAAUUGGGCUCAAACAUUAAAUGUUACAAACUAUGCAA